UCAGCUGAUCCGGAACAAGCAGAAUUUGAAAUGUUUGACUCUUCAUGUUUUCACAGAGGUUUCUGAAGUCUGUCGAAGUAAAGAACUUCUACGUCUAGAUUACCGACAACAUCAGUGAUUUUCAGGCUGAAUCUGGACUGCUGAGCCCUGAAUGGAGGAUGGAUGUACUUAAGGCUGAUGAAUAUUAUUCCUUGGCGGAUGAGAAGUUUGACUUCGACAUGUCGCUCUCCCCUGACAGCAGCUCCAGGGGGGAGGAGGAGCAGGAGGACGACGGGGUGUUUGUGGCGGGGUUGGGGGUGUCCCAGCCCCCCCUGUCUGGCGGAGAGGAGCCCAGCUUCAGCCCCUCGCUGACGGAUUGCUUCGAGAGAAUCUCUCAGGAGGCCAACAGCCUGGCCAGCAGGCUGGCAGAGUGCCCGCACCAGGAGGAGGUGGGAGGAGGAGAGAGCAGCCUUCAGAGCAGCCCGCUCCCCCACCUGGACCCCCCCGUGGAGCAGUUUGUCCAGGACCCCUGGGACAAGAUGGGUCUUCUGAGCCUUGCCCGCCCAAGCUCGGCCCUUAGCCCCAUCAAGAGAGAGACAUUCUGCGUGAGGGACAGCCCCCUGAAGCUGCUGCCCCCCGCCCUGCAGACCCGCCUGCUGGCCCCCCCGGCCACUAGACCCCGGUCUCGGCUCAGCACCGCCAGCCCGGCCGGCCCCCAGACCAGGACCCAGACCCGGAUGUCCCUCAGGGGGAAGACCGGCCUCGGGGUGCUGCCCAACAAGCCGCUGCCGCCCAACACCCUGAGCGGCCCCCAGCGCUCGGGGCCCGCCGACCGCCCCGGCCGCUUCGCCCCCCCCGGGAAGGGUGCACUGGGGCCGCGGCGGGGCUCCAGUAGGGCGGGCUCCUGUGAGGACCUGCUCUCGGACGCGGCCAGCGUGGCCUCGGACACCAGUGACUGCUCCCUGGACAGCAGCCUGCAGGGGCGGCGUGCCCGGGCCCCGCCCCCUGGCAAAGCCCCGCCCACCAGUACCAGGAAGGGGGUGGAGACCAGGAGACACGCCUCCACUUCCUCCCUGACCUCAGCCUCCCUCACUGGGAAACCCAGCCCGGGGGGACCCAGGACCCGGCGCUCCGUGAUGCUGGGGAAGGCUGCUGAGCCCCCGGCGGCCCCCGCCCCCACCACAGCAGGGGCCCGCCGGUCCCUCUCCACCACCCUGAGGAGACCCUCUGAGGUGGGGGCCAGACCCCCCUCCGUGGGGGGGUGGUCCACCCCGGUGAAGCGUGCGGCGCCCGGCACCCCGCUGAGCCUCACCCCGGCCAAGAGGCUGAUGGAGAAGGCCCCCUCCCCUAGAACCAGCCUGGCCCCCUCCUCUAGGCCUAGCCUGGCCCCCACCACUAGACCUAGUCUGGCCCCCUCGUCCAGACUUAGCCUGGCCUCCUCCUCCAAGCCUAGCCUGGCCUCCUCCUCCAAGCCCAGCCAGGCCUCCUCCUCCAGGCCCAGCCAGGCCUCCUCCUCCAGGCCCAGCCAGGCCUCCUCCUCCAGGCCCAGCCAGGCCUCCUCCUCCAGGCCCAGCCAGGCCUCCUCCAGGUCCCAGCAGCAGCCGGGUACCAGGGUCAAACCCAGGGCCCCUGUGGUCCCCGUGGCCCCCACACCCACACAGCUGAGACGCCUCGCAGGCCCAGAGGGUGUCUCGACCCCAGAUGCCCCAUCCAUCAAGAAUCCAAAGAAACUGGUCACCACUUGCAGUUUGGACGGCCUCCCCCAGAGGGCGGAGCCUCCCUCCACGCCUGCCUCUACCUGCGGGGGGGCGGGGGAGCAGUGGCGGCCUCAGCGCUCCGCCCUGCCCACGCCCAGCGGCCGCAGACUGUCCUUCAUCCCCACCAUGACCCCCCGCAGCCUGCCACGCCCCGCACGGCCCGCUCGCCCCAGCUGCGCUCCCCCAGGGGCCCCUGAGCAAGAGGAGGAGGAGGAGGAGGAGGAGGUCUUCGCCUCGGAGAUCCAGCCCUUCUCCCUGGAGGAGGAGGAGGAGACGGCCCCUGGCCCACCACCCCCCACCCAGGGCUCCAACCAGCAGAGAGAGGAGAAGGAGAACCAGGAGGAAGAGGAAGAGGACAAGCACCAGGAGAGAGAGGAGGAGAAGGAGAAGGAGAAGGAGGAGGAGAAGGAGGAGGAGGAGGAAGAGAAGGAGAACCAGGCCGACCUGAUGGAGCUCCAGUCUGUUGAGGACCUGCUGUCAACCACGCAGCACAACAAGAACCAGGAACUCAUGGAGUUCCCGCUGGUAGACGUCCCGGCUCCGGUCCGCCGUCCGGAUGAGAAGCUGCUCAUCGACCUCUCCAACACCCCCGACCUCGUCAGGAACCACAGCGCCAAGCCCUGUGGAGGACAGCUAAUUGAUCUGAGUUCCCCGCUCAUCAAAUGGAGCCCAGAGGAGAAGCAGGGGAACACCGGAGUCCUCGUCAACAUCUCCUUCUGAGCUAGCGCUGCUACCUAGCCGUCAGGGCUAGGCAUGCUAGCUAGCUCUCUGGUCUGCUGUCUUUUGCUGAAAUGUAUUUGUUGUUUGUUUCAAAUCACAUCCUAUAGAUUUGUAUUGCAUUACAAAUAAAAAGGAGCUAAAAAAAAUGGUGGGUUCAGCAUACAUCUGAUAAAUAAAUGAAAAAGAAAAACAUGAAUAUCUACAGAAUACAUAAACACUAAUCUGUUCAGGCUCGGAUCUCUUCAGGAGGUGUUCCCACCCUCCAGCUGUCAAGAAGUUUUUAGUCUUUUAAUGUUCACAAUAAGAAUGGCUCUUAAGAUGCUCGGGUCAGGAUCUAAUGUUCGUAGUUCCAGGGAUGUUGUUCUAGAAAGAACUGGAUUCUUAAACUUUACUCUAAAUUAAUUGUGUUCUUGUGUCUUCUACUGUAUGUUCUGAAUAAAUAAAGUGUCUUUAAUUUAACGGCAUA